AUGCACACCUCUAAUGCUGUUAUAUCUGGUUCUUCCACAUUGAGGCUUAUUCUUGCCGUCGUGGACACUACAUGGCCUAUAUCUGACCUGGAUAUAUACAUUCCGUUAUCAUCCGGGCCUUCAGCUACAGAAUUUUUCCAUCGUUUUGGGUAUGACAUCAUUCCAUACCCGCGGCCCAAAUCCAAAUAUGGGUCUAAAAAAGUUCGCAGUGUGGUUGCUGCAGUCAAAGGCUCCCACAAAGUCGACAUUGUUCUAUCAUGCGAUGGUAGACCUAUUCUGCCUAUAUUCCAGUUCCACAGUACCAUUGUCAUGAAUUACUUCACUCCGACAACCAUUUUCUCUGCGUAUCCUGCUCUCACCUUGCAAUUCAAAGGCCUCAUCAAUCCUAUGGCUUGUACACAUCAUCACAUGCUUCCUCCGCGUACUCUUCGUGCUGUCACCAAAUAUGCCAAUCGUGGGUUUGAGUUCGCCUCUUCAGGUCUCACAUGA